AUGGCCAGGAAGAUUCAGUUUGCGGAUUCGGAGCCUCUCAACGAGGCAGGCGUCCAGAACAAAGCGCCCAAGAAGGCAACAGCACCACGCCGGACUACCGCGCACAAGCGCAGCGUCUGCGGCCCCAACGCGAAGCACUCCAAUCUUCACAGCGCGCGACGCAAUCAUAGACCAUAUAUCCAACCACCCGACAGUGGUGGUAGUAGGAGAAACCGGAUCCGGCAAAACAACACAAAUCCCGCAAUACCUCCUGGAAAGCGGGUUCACCACCAGGGGCCAAACCGCGAUCGCCCCACAUCCAUUGCCAAACGCGUGGCUGAGGAGGUCGGCACCCCCUUGGGCGGCCGGGUCGGGUACACCAUUCGGUUCGAGGACUGCUCGUCGCCAUUGACCCAGCUGCGAUUCUGCACCGAUGGGCUGCUGCUGAGAGAGAUUCUGGCGGACCCGCUGCUCCGCAGGUACUCGGUCGUGGUCUUGGACGAGGCGCACGAGCGCACGCUGCGCACGGAUAUCCUGCUUGGGAUGCUCAAGGACAUCCAGCGCGAGCGCGCGCGCGUGGCCGAGCUGAACCGCAGCGCGCAGCAGCCGCUGGACGAGCCGCAGGCCGACCACCGGUCGCGGGGCACACACGUCAAGUUCGGCGAAGAGGACGCGGAGCAACCGGCCCCCGCGGCAGUGGCGGUGACCGACGCCGUGCACGGCGACGUCACGGGGCUGGACGACCUGCGUGUGAUCGUCAUGAGCGCCACCCUGGACGCCGAGCGGUUCUCGGCGUACUUCGACUCGGCGCCGAUCCUAUACGUGGCCGGGCGGCAGUUCCCGGUGACUACGUACUACACCGCGACGCCGCAGGCCGACUACCUGGACGCCGCGCACCUGGCGGCGCUGCAGAUCCACACGGAGACGCCCAGCACCUCCGGCGACAUCCUCGUGUUCCUUGCUGGCCAGGAGGACAUCGAGAACGUCGAGCGGCUGCUCAUUGACUCGGCCGCCAGCUUGCCUGCCGGCGUGCCCGCGCUGCUGCCGUGCCCGAUCUUCGCCGCGCUGCCGCAGGCCCAGCAGGCGCGCGUGUUCGAUCCGGCGCCCGACUUUACACGCAAGGUGAUUCUGGCGACGAACAUCGCCGAGACGUCGCUGACGAUCCCCGGGAUCCGCCACGUCAUCGACUCCGGGGUCCACAAGGUGCGCGGCUUCGACCCGCGCGUCGGCGAGUCGCUUCUGGUUGAGCCCAUUAGCAAGUCGUCGGCGCGGCAGCGCACGGGGCGUGCCGGGCGCGAGGCCGCCGGCCACAGCUACCGGCUGUACACGGAGGCGGACUACGCGCAGUUGCCCGAGGACAGUCUCAAGGCCGCCGGCGUGCGCGACCCGAUGCAGUUUGACUUUAUGGACCGGCCGUCGCGCAAGGCCCUGCGCCACGCGCUGCUGGAGCUUUACGCGUUGGAGGCUCUGGAUGAUCGCGGCGAGCUGACUGAGCUCGGCCGGUGGAUGUCGGAGUUCCCGCUGGAGCCCUCCUACGCCAAAGUCAUCCAUGCCUCGGCCGCCGCCGGAUGCACCCGCGAGGCCAUCGACAUUGUCGCCUUGCUCUCCCAAUGCCGCGCAAAUGCCUUCAGGUCGUCGGACGGCGACCACUUGACUUUCCUCAACCUCCUGCGCGCGUUCACCAAAGCCCAUGGCGACAAGGACUGGUGCCAGGAGCACUUCGUUAAUCGCCGGAAUAUCAAGCACGUGUUGGAUGUGCGUCAGCAGCUGAGUCGCCUAUGCGUGCGCCUGGGGAUGAACGUUGAGCGCAGCUGUGGGUCGGAUCUGACUGUGGUUUUGAGAUGCUUUUUGGCUGGAUUCUUCCACAACUGCGCGCUGCUGCAGCCUGAUGGAUCCUAUCGCUCGCUGAACGGCUCGCAGACGGUGCAUAUUCACCCGGGGUCGUCGCUUUUUGGCAAAAAAACGCCGGCUAUUUUUUAUGACCAGCUGGUGUUCACUAACAAGCUACAUGCUCGGGCGGUUUCUGCCGCUGACCCGCUGUGGAUUGCCAAUGCCGCGCCCAAGCUGUAUGGCCGUUUGGCCAGCUCUCAGGUUCACUAA